AUGUCAGCAGGGUCAUCACGAAUUCUCGCCAAAAGAGUUCCGCAAAAGAUCUGUGAAGUAACCGAGGACGUGCAAGACUGGGAAAAUCAUCUAAUACUGCGUGUUCCUAAUGAUGUGGCCCCAAGGGUCGAUGCGAUGCUUGCUGAUAAUCAUGGAAAGGACAUUGAUGAUCUGGCGAUACAGUUCACCUCUACGGAUAUGCGACAUGCUAAUGUCCGUAUAGGAACACAUAUCAUGAGUGCCAAGAUCUAUGAUUUGCCCUGUAUCACUGAGGUUAUGAAAACACUCGAUAAGAAAACUCUUUACAAAGUUGCCGACUUGUCUCAGAUUGUUGUUUGUAGUCACGAAUUGUGCGCGGUACCUACUGAAGUGGUCAAGUUGGGCAGUAAGAAGGCACGUCUGUUUUAUUUGCUCUUCUCAUUUCUUCAAUAA